GACGACAUAUACACUGGUACCUCUUGUCACCUUAAUCAGCACUAGUUUCUGCGCAAAUAACAUARCUAAGGCGUUGUUGAAUACCAAAAAUUUGUCCGCAAUCAUGAAUUGGAACUUUCCUUUAUUACUGUUAGUUGUUGUUUUCUCAAUCUCCUUACCGUCUGAAGGAUUAUCACAGAAAUGCGCUUCUAUGGUAGGAACUCCACUCCAAAGAUGUAACGUCGCUGGCUACAACUCAACCUUUCCGAUUCCAUUUAAAAUGAAAAACCAAACUAAAAAGUGGGUAAAGAUGUUCUUAGACUACGCUGUAAAGAUGUCAGAGUCAAAUAACUGUUCAUCUGAACUUCAAAGCAUGGGAGAGAUGAUUACAUGUGCUAUAUACGUGCCUAGGUGUAGGAAAGGUGAUCUAUUUCUACCAUGCAGGCGAGUUUGUGCUGAGUUCUUCAAGAAAUGCGACGGCCAUAUCGAUCCAUUUUGGUUCGAUUACUUCAUCGCGUUUUGUCCAAUGCUUCCCGAUUUCAAGGCAUCGUCAGGGAGAUGCUUUGAACCACCAAACUUUGAUAAGAAUUUCAACGACACAGGCACAGACAUUCUAAACGGAAAAUGUCACAAGAUAAUCUUUCCAUGGUGCAAGAACAUUGGAUAUGAGUACACAAUCAUGAAAGAAUCCACACAAAUGAUCUCCUAUUUUUACCUGUAUGGUAAAAACUUUACUAACACAAGCAGUGACAACAGAGUCCCUAACAAUUCACAUAUAAAUUACUGGUUGAAGUUUGAACRAAAUUAYUCAGAUUGUGCAAUGAAUAUUCGUAAGAUGCUGUGUGCGGAUCUCUUUCCACCAUGUUACCCAAACGAAGGGACAGGCCUGUAUAGUAUUUGUCAUAAGACAUGUUUGGACAUGCGCAAAAGGUGCCCCACCAUCGCGCAACAUCCAACGUAUCUGGGGAAUUUUUUCAACUCUUGUGAAGCAUUGGCCUCUGAAUACCCUUCCCAUGGGUACUGCAAGCGGACCUCAUGGCCGAAACCUUUGCUGUGGCUUAAUUAUUUCAAAGAACGUACAGUACCAAAAACAAAGCCGACYYCAACGUCCCCUUCCGUACCUGCAUACGUUAUAGUGAUAGCAGUGGUGAUUCCUUUGGUCUUAAUUUUCAUUAUCGCGGCUGUGGUCCUAGUAUGGAGGCAGCGCAAGCUUCCAUGGUUUGUGCGCAAGUUCAAACGUGGYGAAGACACGAAAGACAUAGUUGAAGAUGAAAAUCCAGAAAUUCCAGAAGAGAUUACAAAGGUUGGAUAGUUCUCGUGAAUACUCACGAUGCAGAGGUG